AUGGCUGCCGUCAAUGGCACCAGUCACGACCCAGAUGGGACUGCUGCUCCCUCGGGCCCGACUCGGAUCUCUAUUUUGGGCAGGGAGGACAUCAUAGUCGACUAUGGUGUCUUCUACAACUUCGUCGCCAGCGACCUGCUCACUAACCUCAAGUCCUCCACCUACGUCCUCAUCACCGAUACCAACAUCGCCCCGCUCUACGUACCCUCCUUCGAAAAAGCCUUCUCCUCUGCAACGUCCCUCCCUCCUAGCAAUGGCACGGCGCCGGCCCCCCGUCUGCUUACCUACGCCAUCCCCCCCGGCGAGAACUCCAAGGGCCGCGAGACCAAGGCCGAGAUCGAGGACUGGAUGCUCAGCCACAAAUGCACGCGCGACACCGUCAUCAUCGCCCUCGGCGGCGGCGUCAUCGGUGACAUGAUCGGCUAUGUCGCCGCCACCUUCAUGCGUGGCGUGCGCUUCGUCCAGGUGCCCACCACCCUGCUCGCCAUGGUCGACAGCAGCAUCGGCGGCAAGACUGCCAUCGACACUCCCAUGGGCAAGAACCUGAUCGGCGCCUUCUGGCAGCCCGCGAGGGUCUACAUCGACCUGCAGUUCCUCGACACCCUGCCCGCCCGCGAGUUCAUCAACGGCAUGGCCGAGGUGGUCAAGACCGCUGCCAUCUGGGACGAGGACGAGUUCAAGGCCCUCGAGGCCAACGCGGGCGCCAUCCUGGAGGCCGGCAUGGUCAAGGAGGCCGAGCUCGCCCGUUUCCUCGGCGUCCUGCGUCCGGGCGCCGUGGCCCGCCUCACCAAGUGCAUCGCCAGCUACGACCUACCGACCUCCCUCAAGGACAAGCGGAUCGUCAAGCUGACAGCCGGCAAGCGCUGCCCGGUCGAUGUGCUGCUGGAAAAGAUGGCCGUCGACAAGAAGAACGACGGGGCUAACAAGAAGAUCGUGCUCUUGUCUGCCAUUGGGAAGUGCUACGAGCCCAGGGCGAGCGUCGUUGAGGACCGUGCGAUCCGGGUUGUCUUGUCUCCGGCGGUACGGGUGACACCCGGUCUGCCUGGCGACCUGGCUGUCAGUGUGACGCCUCCGGGGUCCAAGAGCAUUUCGAACCGUGCACUGGUCCUGGCUGCUCUCGGGCAGGGCGAGUGCCGCAUCAAGAACCUGCUUCACUCGGACGACGUCGAGUACAUGCUUUCUGCCAUCUCGGGGCUCAACGGCGCAACGUACCGCUGGGAGGAGGGCGGCGAGGUUCUGGUCGUGCAGGGCAAAGGCGGCAGGCUGGAGGCUAGCAAGGAACCUCUGUACCUCGGCAAUGCAGGCACAGCGUCGCGUUUUCUGACGAGCGUGGUCGCCCUGUGCGCACCAUCGUCUGUAUCCUCGACCGUCCUGACCGGCAACUCGAGAAUGCAGGUCAGGCCGAUCGGGCCCCUGGUGGACGCCAUGCGCACGAAUGGCGUGAACGUCAAGUACCUGAAUAAGGAGGGCAGCUUGCCCGUCCAGGUCGAUGCUGCGAACGGCUUCGAGGGCGGUGUGAUCGAGCUGGCGGCGACCAUCUCGUCGCAGUACGUCUCGUCGCUGCUCAUGUCUGCACCGUACGCCAAGAACCCUGUGACGCUCAAGCUUGUGGGCGGCAAGCCCAUCUCACAGUUCUACAUCGACAUGACCGUCGCCAUGAUGGGGGCAUUCGGAGUGCACGUCGAGCGGUCCACAACCGAAGAGAACACCUACCACAUCCCUCAAGGCACCUACAAGAACCCGGCCGAGUAUGAAAUUGAGAGCGAUGCCAGCUCGGCAACCUACCCACUAGCGGUAGCAGCCAUCACGGGCACUACCUGCACCGUCCCUAACAUCGGCUCCAAGUCCUUGCAGGGAGACUCGCGCUUUGCGGUCGAUGUACUGCAGGCCAUGGGUGCCACGGUGAAGCAGACCGACUACUCGACCACAGUGACUGGUCCGCCUGUCGGACAGCUCAAGGCUAUGCCGCACGUUGACAUGGAGCCCAUGACGGAUGCCUUCCUGACCGCCUCCGUCCUGGCCGCCGUUGCUGAUGGCACGACGCAGAUCACUGGUAUUGCCAACCAAAGAGUAAAGGAGUGCAACCGCAUUGCAGCGAUGAAAGACCAGCUUGCCAAGUUUGGUGUCCACUGCUCUGAGCUUGACGACGGCAUCGAGAUCACAGGCCGGCCCUACAAGAGCCUCACGGAGCCCGUCGACGGCAUCUACUGCUAUGACGAUCACCGUGUAGCCAUGAGCUUCAGCGUCCUGUCUGUCAUCUCACCACACCCGGUGCUGGUCCUGGAGCGUGAGUGCACAGGAAAGACCUGGCCAGGCUGGUGGGAUGUGCUGUCCGAGUCUUUCAAGGUGACGCUGGACGGCGAAGAGCCCGAAUCAGGCCACUCGACGCAUGGCCAAUCCCCAAAAUCCUCCUCAGACCGAUCUAUCUUCCUCAUCGGAAUGAGGGGAGCCGGCAAGACAACCGCAGGAGGCUGGUUGGCGGAAACCUUACACAGAAAAUUCAUCGACCUCGAUGUUGAGCUGGAGCGGAGGGUAGGCCAGACGAUACCGGAGAUGAUCCGUGGCGACCUUGGCUGGGAAGGGUUCCGCAAGGCCGAGCUUGAGCUGCUGCAUGAGGUCAUGGCAGAGCGGCCGCGCGGCUGGGUGUUCUCGUGCGGCGGCGGCAUCGUCGAGGCUCCCAGUGCCCGCGAGAAACUGAUCGAGUACAAGAAUAAUGGUGGUUACGUGCUUCAAGUACACCGCGAUACUGAGCAGGUGGUCGAGUACCUUUUGAUUGACAAGUCGCGGCCAGCCUACACUGAGCAGAUCAGGGAAGUCUACGAGAGGAGAAAGCCCUGGUUCGAGGAGUGUAGCAACUUCAAGUACCACAGCCCACAUCCAGGCAGCUCAGACGUCUUGGUGGAGGUGCCAGUGGACUUUACAAGAUUUGUCUCUGUGAUGUGCGGGCACAGCAACCACUUCGAGGAGGUCAAGCGGAAGAAGCACUCAUUCUUCGUCGCUCUCACCGUGCCUGACGUGACAGAUGCUCUAGAGCUGAUCCCUCGGGUCGUUGUUGGGUCGGAUGCCGUUGAGCUACGUGUUGAUCUGCUCAAGGACUACUCGCCAGAGUUUGUGGGUAUUCAGGUGGCCACACUGCGGGCCGCUGCCAAGAUACCCAUUGUCUUCACCGUGCGAACGCGGAGCCAAGGCGGCAAGUUCCCCGACGACGACUCGGAAGGUGCGGCAGCACUCUACGCUGUGGCGGCGCGCAUGGGUGUGGAGUACAUCGACGUUGAACUCACCUGGCCGGAGGACGUGAUUCAGGCCGUCGUGGCGCAAAAGGGCUCGUCCCGCAUCAUCGCAUCCCACCAUGACCCCCAGGGCGCUCUGUCUUGGAAGAAUGGCGCAUGGAUACAGUACUACAACAAGGCCCUGCAGUUUGGCGACAUCAUCAAGCUGGUGGGUGUAGCUGCUAGCCAGGAGGACAAUUUUGCGCUGGCCAGCUUCAAGGCACGGAUGGGAGCCUCCCACAAGACGCCCAUGAUCGCUAUCAACAUGGGACCCCAGGGCAAGCUCAGCCGCGUCUUGAACGGCUUCCUGACGCCAGUGUCGCACCCGGAGCUGCCCUUCAAGGCCGCCCCGGGACAGCUCUCGGCUACCGAGAUCCGCCAGGCCUUGGCCCUCAUCGGCGAGCUGGAUGAGCGCUUCUUCUACCUCUUCGGCAAGCCCAUCUCUCAAUCACGGUCUCCGGCCCUGCACAACACCCUCUUCAAGGCCAACGGUCUUCCGCACACCUACUCGCUCUUCGAGACGGACCACGCAGCCGACGUCCAGGACCUGAUCCGCUCACCCAACUUUGGCGGCGCCUCAGUGACCAUCCCGCUGAAGCUGGACAUCAUCCCGCUCCUCGACAGCGUCACGGAGUCGGCCAAGGUCAUUGGCGCUGUGAACACCAUCAUCCCGGUGGUCUCGGAGGACGGCAGGCGGACUCUGCUUGGCGACAAUACUGACUGGAUGGGCAUGGUCUACGCGUUCCGCCAAGCCGGCAUCGUCAAGAACACCCGUGCAGCGCCAGGAGGCGGCUCCGCCGUCGUCGUCGGGUCUGGAGGCACGACUCGCGCGGCCGUCUUUGCGCUGCACCACCUAGGCUACGCACCUAUCUACAUUGUUGCGCGCAACGCCGCCAACGUCAGCCAGCUGGCCGAAUCUUUCCCAUCCGACUAUGACGUGCAGCACCUCGUAGGCGCCAAGCAGGAGCUGUUGUCGCAGCCACGGGUGAUUAUUAGCUCCAUCCCUGCAGACAAGCCCAUGGAUAGCGGCAUGCGCGACAUUGUGGCGUCCGUGCUGCACCGCCAACAGCAGCAACAACAGCCUGCGGGGGCCAAUGGGUUUCCCACGAGGGCUCUGCUAGAGAUGGCGUACAAGCCGCGACGCACAGCGGUCAUGGCAAUGGCUGAGGACGCGGGUUGGGAGACUAUCCCCGGCCUGGAGGUAUUGAGCGCGCAGGGUUGGUAUCAGUUUCAACUAUGGACCGGCAUUACUCCCAUCUACGCCGACGCCAGAGCGGCCGUCAUGGGCGACGAGGCCCCUACUACAACUGGUGGCUCCUCAUAA